CCCGAAAAUGCCCAGCUGCGUUUGUCUUGUCGGUCGGUCACUGCGGUGGGCUGCGCUGUGCUCGCUCCAGCCUCAGCACCGUGUUUCAAUCAUUAGGCUCUUUCAUCUUCACGUAUCAUUCUCUUGACGUUCGCCUGCCCAACUGAUACGGACAUCACAUCGUACUGAGUCUCAAGGCCUUGUCGUAUGAAACGCAACGAAUCCGCAGUGUUGCGUCAUCCCUACCUUGUUUGCGACAACCACUCCAACCGAAGAUCUGUUACAAACACGGAGAAGAGAACAGGCGGGGUGUAACAGUUCCUCGAGACUGCUAUCGGAAGCGAGGAAACGAGAACACAACGUCUACUUGAGCUCGGGCUGAAGAAUCGCCAUGGAGAACUGACUGCCAUCCUUGCCUGCGACUACACCGGAUACCCACUGUAGAGAACGACUUGCCCGUCUGCUAAAAUGGCCCAACGACCUUUGGCCUCGGAAAGCCUAGAUUCUACUCCGAAAGGGUUGCGCAGCAUGGGCUCCCAUACCGAUAUCCUCUCGAUGUCUUCGAAAUCUGGAAGGCCAACCCUUCCAUAUGCGAAUCCUCCACCCGCUUACGUCUCGGUAUCCGAGGCGGAAAAACUUGUCUACGCAGAAAUGGAGCGGCCGGUUACGAUAUCGGAGGGUGCAACUGGCUUGGUCAAUGGCUUUUUGGAUCAGGUCCUGUAUGAUAUCCUUUCCAGGUCGCAUUCCACAUCCUUGUCGGCCGUACGUUCUGCUGUGCCACUGGUCUUGAAGCAAAGACUAGGGAGGUCGGCGGUACAGGCUGCCGACGAGGAAUUACAAGAUUACAUACCGGAAGAUGAAAUGGACGAGGUUCUCUCGGCGCCGCCGGCCCUCGAUCCCAAAGCAGACUUUGACACUGAUCUGGCUUGGAAGCUCACUAGACUGCGUUGCAUGGUCUAUGCGAAGCUGGGCGAUAUGGAAGAGGAAGACGAAGAGGACUACCUGGAAGACUUUCACCUACGGGAUCACAUUACAAGAGUGCAUGAGUCGACAAGAGCCUCGGCGGCUAUCGCACCGGCUGCUGCUAUCUUCCUAACCACUGUCCUUGAGUUCUUGGCUGAGCAAGCCCUGUGCAUUGCAGCGCAACAUGCUACGAAACGACAUGCACCGUCGAAAGGCACAAACGGCACCACACAUGGUGGUCAUGUUCUACUGGAAGAGAUAGACAUGUCAGGUAUCGGGAAAGAAGGGCCUCUGAUAAGACUGUGGCGGUCGUGGAAAGGCAGUAUGCGCAGCGGCGGCAGCGGAUCAUCACGGCCAACGACGCCUAGCGUCAUGUCGCCUGUCAGCCCCGAGUCGCCCAACUACGAGUGGAAAUUUCCAGCUGUACCACCAUUUUCCACAAUCAAGGAAGAACAAAGCCCUCUCAUCAAACCCAGAUCCAGUCUGUCACCGGCUGAUAUUCCAUUACCCACGAAUGAUAAUGAUAUUGACGAGAUCGAGGUACCGGGACUAGCUCGUUCUGCCGAUGAAGAGGCAAAUAGUACUGCACGCCCUACGCUUGACACCCGGCGACCGUCAAGUAUGCUAAUCAUGCCUGGGAAAUUCCCAGAUCCUUCAACGGCCCCUGCAACCGAUGAAUUGCCGAGACCUAUGUAUGUAAGGAAGAGAUCGCAUUCUCUGCCUACUUCAGGUCCCAGCAUUGUUGCUACACAGUCGAGAGCUGAUGUCGGCGGAAAGCUCUCAGAUCAAGGUGCUUCCAGCUCACUUGAAGAUCUCCAGGAGAAAGUUGGCGGUACAACAGAACCGGAGGCGCGCACUCCUCGACAAUCAAACGAGGAAGCGAUACCCAGUCCACGUUCGGACAUCGUGAGCAGCACCGUGGCUGCCAUUGCAGGAGCGUUAAGCGUGGAAGCAUCCAGAGCCUUGCGACGGGAUCCUACUUCGUCGAAUCAAACUUCUCCGGUAGCGGCCACCGGUGGUGCUCAGAGGGGGCUGGGUAUUAACACUGAAGAGGACUACGAUCAAAGAGCCAGAUCUGUCACAGAUCAUGAAGGUGCAAGUGACCCAGAAGAUUUGGCAUUGAGCUUGGCCGAUGAGCAUGAUGGCCCGCACAAUCAAACGAAUCCUCGAGAUUCGGGCUUUGGUGUCGCUGGGGCUGAGGAUGAUCUUCCAAUACACGGUCAACAAGACCACGAUCUCCAAGAACAGACCGCGAAUUACCCUGAUCAAGUGAGAAACGAGCGUGACACAAUGAUUGUCAGCACCCCCGGGCAGGAUCAUUUUCCCCAGCGUGCUGCCGCUGACAAUUACGACGACUAUGAUCCCUAUUCUACUCAGGACUCUGCCCGUCCCGAUGUCCGAAUGAAUACAUCGACACCAAGACAGCAAAAUGAACCAGUAGCGGCUGCAUUUUCUGCAUUCAACAAUCGCACAACAUCCCUGGAACAUCGCGAACGCUCACCUACCGAAGUGAGGUUCCCUCAGCACUUGCCAAACUCUCAGCGUCUGCCUGCCACAGACCAUACUCAAGACCGAAUUCCUCGAUACGCUACCUCAUCCAAUUUGGUACAAAAUCCGCAUUCGAGAACAACCAGUGCUGGCAGACCAUCAACUGCUGGCUCUGCGACAGCGCGACGACAGCAUAUCAGACUUCGGUCGGAUGAUGAGAAGGUCGAGGAAUUGGAGAAGGCGAAGAAGAGUCUUGAUGUUUUGAUUGAUAGCGAUGAAACUCUUCACUAUACACUAACGCCAAAAACUGCUCGAGAGGGAGUCAAGCCGAAAGCCAAGAGCCAGACACAAGAGCUUGCAGACUUCUUCCGCAACACUGCACCCCCUGGAGAGGAGCCUGCCAGACCCAGGUCGUCUCGAUCUACGAAGGAAUCCCUGGGUGGCCUCAGAUCAAAUCCAUCGAAUGCUCGACCACCACUUCCACUGAAUACGCAAGCAGCGGCAUCCGCCCCUGGGCAACAAGCCAUCGGCUCGCCUUCUAGACCUAAAAAUCCAUUAGGCGAGCCACGCGAUCCCAGGAUGACAAGAAACAACACACGAGAUCUUGCAGACUAUGCGCGUUCAACUGGACCGGAGCAUGAGAUGCAGCUUCCGAAAGCGCUUGGCACUCGACCAGGUACCGCGCAGGUUGCAGGCUCGGGCGCAUCCUCUGACGACAUAGCAGAGAACCGUCCAGUAACGAGCCCCGAGAAGCCUGCUAACCGUCUGAAAUUCCAGGCACGGGAUGCUCGAGCGCCAAGGACAGCUGAGAGCUCAGAUUUGAUCGACUUUAUUAGAGAAGGUCCACCUCGAGCUCCUGGCGACCAUCGAAUCGACCGAAGAGUCGCACCAUUUCGGUCGACCAUGGAUUCUGAUGACUUGAACGCUCUCGUGCCACCUCCGGAGCUCGAUACAAAUGGACGGAGGUCUGAUGGGAGUGCGGUGGAAAGUGCGAUGACCGCCAAAUCCAUGCCGUCGUCUAUGAACUCUCGCACCGGCUUACUGGAAUCGACCAAUCGCUCGGCUGCAAAGGCCACAAACGGCGUUGCGUCAAGACAGCCCAUAAUCCCUGAGACUGAUGGCAUACCCAAGAAGAACCGACGAAAAGUUCGCGAUCCGUAUGCGAUCGACUUCAGCGACGAGGAGGAGGAAAUGGAAGACGAAUUGUUCCCACCAAAGCGCAGGACCGAUGAAGAGUCGCUUGUGGACUUCCUGAGAAACACGGCCCCCGGACCAGGCAUGUCAACGCAGCCUAUUCUCGGUGCGACUCCUGGAACGUCUCAAGCUGAAUCCCCGGACACGGUCAAGCCGCAAACGAGCAGCUCAAAAUUGAGAGUAUACUUGCAAGGUUCAGGGGCUAGCAGAAACGGGGUGAGCGCUGGCAAAUCGAACGGCGCCCGAGCAGAGUCUCCUCACCUCACGCAAAUAGGCUCGAAAAUGGACAAGUACCGCCCAACACAGGUCACCCAUGCGCCACACGUCGAGCGGAAUAGGGCCAGAAUGCGUGCAGAGCCACGAGAAGCGACGGUGACCAAUGGCAGUGCCACGGCCGACCUAGCCGAGUAUCUGAUGGCCUCUGGGCCACCGCCUGGGUCGGACGUGCCCGUGCAAAAGCUCGGAAGUCAUAAGGAUCAGGCUGGAUUUAGGAGAUUCUUUCAAUUGAGAGGGAGCGUGAGGAAGUAAGGUAAUGAACAAGUCAAGAUGAGCGGCAUGAUUUCUUGGUUUUUUCAUUUUCAUUUUGAUGUAAUUAAUGACGUGGACAAUGUGUGCUUUCUUCGAGCCUGAGCGGGUGAUACAGCUACAAUGGUAGUGUGAAGAUGGUGCCGAGCUUUUACUUAGGGACCACUUAGAUAGCAAACCAAGAUGAAAUGAUUGUAUUAGUGAUGAAGAUUUU